AUGCACAUUGUCGGCCAAUCCUCCAUGUACCCCGAAAUGCGGACAGCGGUAACAGCCCCAGGCGGUCUAGUCGUGAUUGGUGUUUUCUUCCAACUGACGACUGAUCACUCCAAAUCAAGUUUAUCAAAAAUGGGCAACCUCCUAUCGAAGAUCGACCAACUGACUUAUGCAGGUUCGACAGUCAAUUUGCAGUACUUUGACCCGGCAGUAAUGCUGCCCGAGAACACGGACCGGUUCUUCCGUUACCAGGGUUCUCUCACUACACCGCCUUGCACAGAGAAUGUCCAAUGGACUAUGAUGAGGGAGCCCCUCUAUGUAACCAAUUCAGACGUAGGUUCCCAUCUGGUCUGA